AUGAGCUAGAAAAAAGUUACUAUUCAGGAAUAUAUCACAAACAAGGUGAAGCCUGUGUUCGAUUAACUAAUAGCUAGGAUAGUCAUAGAGAAACCAGAUGAUGUAUAUGGAUGGUCUAUAAAUUGGUUGCAAAAACAAUGUAAUUAUUGACUUUAAUGAUUUAAGAAAGUGGUGUCUAAGUGGAGUAGCAUGUACAUCAUGAUCUCAGUGAAGAAGAAGAGGAGGAGGAGGAAGUAGUUUUAGAGAUAAAACAACAAUAAAAGCAACAAACUAGAGCAGCAGUUUCCGCUGAAGUUUAUGGAGAUUACAAUAAAAAGGAAGAUUUUAAGCCAAGAUUUAUAUAGAAAUCGGAAGCCUAAAUCGAAAGGAUAAAGAAAAGAAUCUUAAAUUCAUUUAUGUUUUAAGCUUUGGAUGAAAAGGAUCUGAAUAUUGUAUUAGGAGCUAUGGAUGAAAAGAAAUUUCAGUAAGAUUUAUCAUUUACUUAAUUAAGAGUUGGAGACAUUGUUAUAAAGCAAGGAGAUGAUGGAAAUGAGUUAUAUGUUAUUGAUGAAGGAAGAUUGGAAUGUUACAAAAAGUUUACAGGAUUGGAGGAAGAGAAAUUGUUAAAGACUUAUAUUCCUGGAGAGUCUUUUGGAGAAUUGGCCUUAUUAUACAACGCUCCAAGAGCAGCUACUAUUAAAGCUAUAGAGGAAGUCACAACAUUUGCUUUGGAUAGAGAAACUUUUAACAAUAUUGUCAAGUUCUCUGCAAUAAAAAAGAGAGAGUAAAUGGAAGAAAUCCUUAAUAAAAUUGAACUAUUAUAAUCUAUGGAUAAUUAUGAACGAUUAUAAUUAUGCGAUGUGCUAAAAGAGGAAAAACAUAAGGCAGGUGAAACCAUCAUUAAUGAAGUAUUUAUUAAAUUAAAAAAAAAGGGUGAAAUUGGAGAUAGGAUUUAUUUGAUUAUUGAAGGAGAAUUAGAAGCUUAUUGGAAAGGUUAGAGUGAAAAAGUUUAUGAUUAUAAACCAGGAGAUUAUUUUGGAGAAUUGGCUCUUCUAAAGAACUCUCCAAGAUAAGCUACUGUAGUAGCUAAAGUAUUUAAAAUAUAAAAAUUUAGACUGAUGUUGUGUUAUUAUAUUGUGAUUUCAAUUCAUUUAGUAGAUUGAUGGGUCCCCUUGAGGAAGUACUCAAAAGAAAUGUGGAGAGAUAUGAAAAAUAUUUACAGUAAUGAUU